AUGGCUACAGAAGCAUCUGCUGCCGUCGCCGCGGUUCCUACACGUACUGAAGAAGACCUGGCCUUUCUCUUCAAGCGAUUUCCCGGCUACCUAUUCACUGAACGCAAGGGGCCAGCGUGGUCGUGGGUAUGGAAAUUCGGGUAUGAUAUUUCACGCGACGGCAAAGACCGUGUAUGGGUAUGCCUUCGAUGUAUCCAACAACGCAACCGGAAGCCAGCCGCCUAUAACCCACGAAAUCUUGUGAACGUCGAGAUUCAUCUCUUUAACUCUCACCAGCUUAGCGAUCCUACCGGUAAGCGACCGCCGCCUUCUGCCGUCAAGCCCCAACGCGAGAGCAGCAAUUCGAGAUCCAUCGCCACCUUCUUCAAUCUCAAUGCGAACAACGCCGAAGAUCAGAGGAUGGCCAACCACUUGAUCAGCGCGUUCGAUAGAGCUGAGUUUCAACGAAGGAUUGUAAGAUGGCUCAUCAGCGCCAAUCUUCCUUUCCGCACAGCUGAACACCCUUAUCUUCGCGAUGUCUUCUCCUACCUCAACCCCUCUGUCGACAUUCAAAAAGCCAACCUCUCCGAGAAGACUGUUCACGCCCUCGCUGUACGAGAGGUUGAGCGGCAUAAGGAUGCGGUGGUUAAGACGCUCCAGGAGAGCCCCGGGCUGGUUCAUCUAGUCUUCGAUGGAUGGACUUCACGCAACCGCCUCUCUCUCUACGGCGUGAGCGCAGUCUUCCGAGACGAAGAGGGCACGCCUCACAAGAUUGUGCUCGGUCUGCCAGAGAUGAGUGACCGGCAUACGGGUGAGAACAUCGCGGAGGCCAUCCUCCCUGUUAUUAGAAACUAUGGUAUUGAAAAGAAGAUUGGCUACUUCACUGUCGACAACGCUACAAAUAACGACGCCCGCGUUGAAAAUAAUCGCAUGAGCAAUGGAGGAGGAAAGGCCCCAUUGGAGGUCAACAGGUCAGACCUCUGGACCAAGAAGCUCAUCUCGGCGCAAGAGCAACGGAUCCGAGAAGCCUCCGAAGCCUUUCUACGAGACCUUCGGCUCUUUGAGGCGAAGCUUCACGUUGACUCGCAGUUCCGGACGACAGCAGGCACUCUAAAGAAAGGCGCGAAGGAGCCGCUCUUCUUAAAUGAGGAGAACAAGUUGACCGCGAACGACUGGGAGGUCAUCUCUGUGUUGAAAGAGAUCCUUCUCGACUUUGAGCUCGUUGUGAAAGCUCUUCAGGGCGACGGUCAACCUCGUGAGAAGAAGCGCAGCUCCUGCGAUGAGCCGAUCAGUCUAGUACAGGGAGCAAGCUGGGAUCUUCUCGAUGGGUACGAGUUCCUCCUUGAGUCUCUCGAGAGAGCGAAGGCGAGAGUUGAAGACCUCCUCGACAAAUACUACGAGAAGAUCGGCCAGUCUCCUCUCAUCUACGCUGCCACCGCAUUGCACCCUCGGCACCGAUGGGGUAGAUUCGAGGCGUGGCGUGAGCAUCACGCUGACUGGAUCGAGCCAGCGAAGUUACAAGUCCGAGAACUCUGGAGGCAACAAUACCGAGACCUACCAGUCGAGCAGAAAGAGGCUUCAGAACCACCCACGAAAAUCCCCCGCCUCUCGAGCAACAGGUUCGCAAUCUUCAGAACCCAGGAGCGAACUCCAACAAACUCAGCACCCACCUCUCCUUCACCCUUUCCAUCUCCAGCGCCGGGCCAACUAGGCGAGUUUGAGCCUUGGUCGAACUUGAUAAUAACGAGUUUGAGCGUUGGCAACUAG